AUGGCUUCUCGAAAGUGCGCCGCGGUGGUCGUGGGCGCCGGUCCGGCCGGUGUGGCCGUCAUGGGCAAUCUGUUGGAGCGUCAACUGGGCACCAUUGCUUGGGUUGACCCCUGCUUCGAGGCCGGUCGCAUCAACCGUAGAUAUCGCGAAGUCCCGAGUAAUACCAAGGUCGCUCUUUUUGAAGCCUACGCGACUGCUACACAACCGUUCCGAAAUGUUAUUGAGAAGGCUCGACUCCCCAAUGCCUUCUCCACAAUGUCCAAGCUCGAACAGGAUAAGACCUGUCACUUGCACUAUGCAGCCGACAUGGUUCGAGAUCUUACAGAUGGUCUGGUGAAGAUGGAGCAGGUUUACGCCUGUCGCGGCUUUGUCACAGCAGCUAAGCUCACUGAGAAGUCAUCCAACCAAUGGACCGUGCGCGUUCAACGCCAUGACUCCGAGGGAGACGUCGAGAUCGAAACUUCCCGCCUGAUCCUCUGCACAGGCUCCCACCCAACCAACCUCCCAUGCCCGGUCCCCAGCCUCGAUAUCCAGCAGCUGGACCUCGACACUGUCCUGAAGCCUUCGGAGCUCACCGAGGCCAUUCCUACCAACCGCCCCUCCACCAUUGCCGUCGUUGGCGCCUCGCACAGUGCUAUCCUCGCCCUCCUCAACCUCAUCCAACUUGCCCGUACCUCCCACCCACAACUCCGCGUCAAGUGGUUCACCCGUCACCCCCUCCGCUAUGCAGAGUACAUGGACGGUUGGAUCCUGCGCGAUAACACUGGACUGAAGGGCACGGCAGCUGAUUUUGCCCGCACUCAAUUAGAAGAUGAUAAGCUCGCGACUUCGCCCGCCGGCGAGGUGAUCACGAAGAUCGACUGUACCGGCGGUGACGCCCGUGAGAAUGCGCAAUACUGGGCUCAUCUCCCCACCUGCUCACAUAUCGUCCAUGCGGUUGGAUUCACCCGGGAUCCUUUACCGCAUCUUACCAAGAAUGGGUCACCUUUGGCUCUGGAGUUUGACCACGAGAGUGGUCGUUUCCACGAAAGUAACAAUGGGCCCGCUAUCCCUGGGCUGUUUGGUGCUGGUAUCGCUUUCCCGGAACGAGUGGUUGAUCCUUAUGGGAAUGUCGAGUAUGCAGUUGGUUUCUUUAAGUUCAUGAAGUUCUUGAAGAAGGUUGUUCCCUCCUGGGCAACUAAAAUUUGA